AGUCAUUGGCGCGAGGGCAGGAGAAGGAGCGGGGGCGGAGGAAUUGUUUGAGCCCCCCGUCUCCGUCCCCUCUCGCCGUCGACCCCCGGCCCGGCCCAGGCGAAGGCGUCUCGUCUUCCUCGCCGGAGUGGAACCGUUCCACUAGGAAAUUCGCUCGGUUUUGUGGCGUUUGGUGCCAUUCCGGAAUAUUGCGUGAUAAGAGCUAAUCGAGCCUGUUUGGUCGGGGCGGAGAUGGACGAGAAGGCGAAGAUGGAGAGAAAGCUGUCCUCGGCGGCGGCGUUCGUGGAGGGAGGCGUGCAGGACGCCUGCGACGACGCCUGCAGCAUCUGCCUCGAGGCCUUCUGCGACAGCAACCCCUCCACGGUGACGAGUUGCAAGCAUGGGUACCACCUCCAGUGCAUUCUUGAAUGGUGCCAGAGAAGCUCCCAAUGUCCCAUGUGUUGGCAGCCUAUCAGCAUGAAAGAUCCUAUGAGCCAAGAGCUACUGGAGGCUGUUGAACAAGAGAGGAACAUGCAAGCUAAUCGUUCACAUACUACUACUGUUUUCCAUCAUCCGAUGCUGGGUGAUUUUGAGAUUCCUGUAGGAGCGGAUGAUGUGGAACUUGAAGAACGCAUUAUACAGCACUUGGCUGCCGCAGCUGCAAUGCGAAGGUCUCACCAUCAUCAUAGAAGAGAUGGGCACCACAGCAGAUCAGGAGCAAAUAGUCGCCCGCAAAUUCUGGUGCUUUCGACCGACGAGAUUACUCGUGAUGGCUCCAUGCACACAAGCUCAGGCCAAGAAGGGGAUUAUGAACAGUCCCCUGCUGUAGUUUCUGCUCGUCCUUUAGCUACUCUUGUUGAACAAGAACGCACAAAUCGAGGUCUAGAGGGUGCUAUCAAUCUUUCUCUCGAUUGUCCUGCUGAUAGUACUGGUAGAUCAAACAAUAGGAUUCAAUCUACACCUAUUGAUCAAGAUAGAGCAGGACCAUCCGAUUUACAGUCGUUCUCGGACAUACUGAGAUCUCGUCUCCAGUCAGCUUCAAUGAAGUACAAGGAUUCUAUAACCAAGAGUACAAGCGGAUGGAGGGAAAGGUGGUUUUCUCGGAGUAACACCAUAUCGGAUCUCGGUUCUGAAGUAAGGAGGGAGGUGAACGCUGGGAUUGCUGCAGUAUCUCGCAUGAUGGAACGGCUCGAAACAAGGGACGGAACGGGACCUUCUGCUACCUCUGCAUCAGGAUCUGGUUCUCAGUGAGCCACUCCAUGUCCUUGGAAGAACCAAUUCAAUUGUAAAGACAGGUCCCAAGAGGAACACCAUCUGUUGAGAGCGCCUGAGAUCCAGCGAUGCCUCAUGAUCUCUGUUAGGUCGAUGAUUCAGAAGUUUGCUGAAGCUCUUGCGUCCAGAUCACGGGAAGGAACAACACAUGCGCUUCCGCACGAAUAUCUACACAUUUUUACCUUGUGUAAUACUUGCAAGGAUGUAAUGAGAUGGCUGUAACUAAAACAAUACGACUGUUGGUGCUGCAGCUCAUGUUCAUAUCCAUAUAAACAUGCUGUGCCAAGGGAUCAUUUCUAGUGGUAUUAUAAUGUGGUUCGAUAACCUUGACCAUGAGAGGUGCACGUACUGAAA